GGUGGGGUGAAGGCCGCUUGUGGGGAGAGUUUGAACGUCACACCGUUUCAUCCUGUUUGCUUGAGGGAAAACUCUUUCACUUCGUCUCCUCAGGUGCACCAGAGCAGCACAAAAUGCAAGCCACCGGGCAUUCAGCAAGAAGAAACCGGUACACUUGUGACGCAUAUUAAUUUCUGGCGUAGAAUCAUAUGGAAAGUGACUUGAAUUUAUAUCCACGACUCAGUGAGGACAAAUAACUAGCCUGUGUUUGAAGUGUGUUGAGUGUUCGCGCAGUCUGACUGCCGACGAAUUAUAUUACCGCACGUUUGAAUCGCACAGACUCACCUUUCAGCGCUUAUUGGAGUGUCUCUAAGGACAUGAGGUGGUUUGGCAGCGUAAUCAUGCCAACUUUGAGCCCAUGAUUGAGUAGCAGUGCUCCAGGCCCCCUCUGAGCCUCCAGCAUCCCAACAGAGCUGCAGCAUGUCUAGUUCAGGCUUCCCCCCCAGCCAGGGGUCCUUCAGCAGCGAGCAGAGCCGUUACCCACCUCACUCAGUGCAGUACACCUUCAGCUCCACACGCCACCCUUCGGAGUUUCCGGUACCUGACUAUCGUACCCCCCUGCAAGACCAGCAGCGCCGCAGGCCUUCACUACUAUCUGAAUUCCACCCUGCUGGGACCGAGAGGCCGCCGGAGCGCAGACAUGGUUAUGAGCAACAGUUUCAUGCCGUCCCAGCUCAGCAGGAGCAGGAGACUCUCGAGGCCAAGCGUUCCCGCAUCGAGAACGUAUCUGAAACGCACUUUUCAAGGUCUCAGCCCACCGGCAUCUUACUGUCCACUCCACAGACCAUACAGGACAGCAUCAGGACCACUGGAGAGGUCAAGAAGGAAACCCAGUAUAGUGUGAAGGUGGAUGCCGGAGUUCAACAGGUGGGUGAGGAUGCAGACACAUCGCCCUCCAAACUCUCCAAGGAGGAGUUGAUUCAGAGCAUGGACCGCGUUGACCGUGAGAUUGCCAAGGUCGAGCAGCAGAUUUUCAAACUGAAAAAGAAACAGCAACAACUGGAGGAGGAGGCAGCAAAGCCUGUAGAGCCAGAAAAGCCAGUGACGCCACCCCCUGUGGAACACAAACAUCGCAGCAUCGUCCAGAUCAUUUAUGAUGAGAACCGGAAAAAGGCAGAAGAAGCCCAUAAGAUACUGGAAGGGAUGGGGCCUAAAGUGGAGCUGCCUCUGUACAACCAGCCCUCUGAUACUAAAGUCUACCAUGACAACAUUAAGACGAAUCAUAUGAUGAGGAAGAAGCUGAUUCUGUUUUUCAAGAGGAGGAACCAUGCACGCAAACAGCGGGAACAGAAAAUUUGCCAGCGGUAUGAUGAGCUGAUGACGGAGUGGGAGAAAAAGUUUGAGCGAAUGGAAAACAACCCACGCCGUAAAGCCAAGGAGAGCCGCACACGUGAAUACUAUGAGAGGCAGUUUCCUGAGAUCCGCAAACAGCGUGAGCAACAGGAACGCUUCCAGAGGGUGGGCCAGAGGGGGACAGGCCUGUCUGCCACCAUCGCAAGAAGUGAACACGAGAUAUCCGAGAUCAUUGACGGCCUCUCAGAGCAGGAGAACAAUGAGAAACAGAUGAGGCAGUUGUCCGUCAUUCCUCCCAUGAUGUACGAUUCCGAACAGCGGAGAGUGAAGUUUAUCAACAUGAACGGUCUGAUGGAUGACCCAAUGAAGGUCUACAAAUCCCGCCAGUUCAUGAAUGUCUGGACCGAACAUGAGAAGGAGAUCUUCAAGGAAAAGUUUGUGCAGCAUCCAAAAAACUUUGGGCUGAUCGCUUCAUUUCUGGAGAGAAAGUGUGUGUCUGAUUGUGUGCUGUACUAUUAUUUGACUAAGAAGAGUCAGAACUAUAAAACUCUUGUCCGACGAAAUUUUGGGAAUCGGCGGCGAAGGAAUCAGCAGAUAACGCGACCUUCACAGGAAGACAAGGCAGACGACAAGAACGAAGAGGACAAAUCGGAGAAAUCAGAGAAGAAAGAGGACGAGGAGAAGGAAGAGGAGGAGAAAGAUGAAAAAGAGGACUCAAAGGACAUCAGUAAAGAUAAAGAGAAGUGUGAGGGAGAGGAGGAAGAGGGUAAGGAGCAGAGCACGCUACGCGGCCGAAAGACCGCCAACAGCCAGGGCCGCCGUAAGGGCCGCAUCACCACCCGCUCCAUGGCCAAUAAUGAGGCUGCAUCUGUGGUUGCAGAGGAACCACCUCCACCGCCACCUGAACCAGUUCUGCCAGAGCCCACACCCCCCUCUAAACCUGAGCCGGUGCAGAAACCAGCACGAGAGCCUGCGAAACCCUCUCCUGCAGCCAGUGCAGAGACACGAGGCGCAGUUGAAGCUGGAGAGACGUCUCGCUGGACAGAGGAGGAGAUGGAGAUCGCCAAAAAAGGGCUGGUUGAACAUGGUAGGAACUGGUCAGCCAUUGCUAAUAUGGUAGGCACUAAGAGUGAAGCUCAAUGUAAGAACUUUUACUUCAACAACAAGAGACGAUACAACCUAGACAAUCUACUACGUCAACACAAGGGUUCCCGUCGGCUCCGUGGAAAUCAAGACCCAUCACAGAGCGAUCCUGCGCCUGAUGACGAUGAGGAGAGUGAUGGUCCCGAUAACAGUUCGGACACAGAGAGUGCGCCUUCUCCAUCUCAAACUGAUCCCUCCAAAUCCGACUCUGUAACUCAACCCUACUCAACUCUAGAGGGCGUGUCGGACCAGGAUCUCACGGUAACCAAAGGCCCAGUGGCAGAUGCCAAGGGCCAGGAGCCUCCGUACUGCGAGCUGCGGGUGAAAGUAGAGAAGAGUCCAGAAGGAGAAGCUGGAGACGGGCUUCCUCAGGAUGAGCGCACACGCUUGGUGUAUGAAAUGCAGAUCCAUCCAAAGACUGAGCCGCAGGAUUUGGAGAUGACUGCUCCAAGCAGCGAAAGAGCACAGGUUCAAGUCAAGACAGAGCCAGAUAUCAAGGACAAGGAGGAGAAACAGGGGGAGCAGCACAACUCAGAUAAUGACUCUAGCGCCACCUGCAGUGCAGAUGAGGAUGUGGAAGCCGAACCUGACCGACAAAGACUUUUCUCUCUGGAGAAGCCGUCAUUGCUUGGCACUGCAUGCUCGGUGGUCAUGUCCUCAGCCAAACUCCUCAACAUGCAGCAGCGGGCCGCCACCAUCCCCCCUAUGGUUUCAGCUCCAUUCGGUCACAGCAGCGUUCCAGGAGGACUUUUGAGCAGUUUUGCUAUGUUCCAGCACCAAAUCAAAGCUGUACAUGAGUCCGUGCAGGAGGACAAACAGAGACUGGACCAGAACGAGUCUGACCGCAGGCCACGAGUCACCACCCACAGCCCCACUCUAGUGGACAGAGAAGGUAAGCUGUUCGCUUACAUGCCGUAUGACCUGAAGCUGAUGGAGCAGGAAUCUCAUGGUGGAGCAGGCAGACCAGACUCUCCGUACAGACUCUCUCCUCGGGAGCCUAGCAAAGCCUCACCCCAGCCCGACGCCAAUAACGCCACCCACUACAGUGUACCUCCAGUUCUUCAGCCGGCACCAAACCAGGCAAUGCAGACUCUUUCAGAUGUUCGCAUGGCAUUUCCCCGUCACAGGUCGUCCAACAUUCCGUCUCCUCCGCCCCUCAUUCACUCCAAACCCACCGACAAGCCCUCCUUCAUUCAGGGGGGCUCCAUUUCACAGGGAACGCCAGGAACAUACCUUCCUUCUCAAACGCACGCUGUGUACGUACCGGAGGUAGUCAAGACCACAGGAGGGUCGAUCUCGCUUGGCUUGCCAAGACAGCAGGACCCUGCCAAACCUGUGUCAUAUAUUAAGCAGGAGGAGUGUUCUCCACGUGGACAGAGCACUCAGGCGGAGGGUCUUUUAUCCAGAGCUCAGUAUGAGGGAGUGGUCAGAGUAGGACCCAUACAGAUUCCGGAUAUGAGAGGGCCACCUGGAAAAGGCUCAGAGGGCUUGACUUUCAGAGGAGGCUCCAUUACUCCGGGCACUCCUGCCCUGGCUCAGUCCAAUGUAGCAGCGGAUCUGUUGAAAGGCACUAUUGCUAAACUGGCCACAGAGGACCUGAGCGGCCCGGAGAAGAGCCGAGCUGAUGCUCAUUCUAAAGCUCAUGUUAUCUAUGAAGGCAAAAGCGGACACAUUCUCUCUUUUGAUGCCAUUAAGAACCCUAGAGAGGGCACUAGAAGCCCACGAAUGGGGCACGAUCUCAAGCGCACAUAUGACAUCAUGGAGGGGUCCCGUGGACACCCAACACGUGAGACGGCACCUUAUGAAGGUUUGAUCAGCAGAGCAUUACCAAGAGAAAGUCCUCAUGAGUCUAAGGAUCGCUCCAUACUCUCAGGAUCCAUCAUGCAAGGAACACCAAGAGCCUCUGCUGAAGUCUAUGAUGAGGCCUCCAAAUAUGGUAAACAGAUCAAGAUGGAAAGUCCACCCAUACACUCUUUUGAGGGAGGCAUUACGAAGGGUAAACCAUACGAGGGGGUGAACACCAUAAAGGAGAUGGGCCGCUCAAUUCACGAGAUUCCCUGUAAGGGGACUCAAGAUAGUCGUAAAACUCCUGUUCUGGAAGGAUCCAUUACUCAGGGUAUUUCUCUAAAGUACGAGAGCAGUACUGUGAACCCAUCAGCCAUCAAGCACAAUGUUAAAUCUCUGAUCACGAGCCCAGUGAAGAUCUCACACUCUGCCAUUGAGGCAGCUGAGCGUGAGAGGGCCAAGUAUGAGGAUGCAAAGGUGUCUGAACGUGUCCGGCACACCUCUGUAGUAAACUCCACCUCUGUCCUGCGCUCCACACACACAGAAGCGGGAAAAUCUCAGCUCAGUCCAGGCAUGUAUGAGGACAGCAAUGCACGCAGAACCCCUACGUACACCGGCACCUCCAUAUCCAGAGGAUCACCUCUGCUACGAGGGCAAGACGGAAUUAUAGCAACAGGUAAGCCAGCUUCUCAUGAGAGGAAGAGCACACUGACUCCAACCCAGAGGGACAGUGUUCCCGCCAAGUCACCUGUGUCCGGGGGUGAACCUCUUGGUUCUCACAGCCCGUUUGACCCCCACCAUAGACCUGUAGUACCUGGAGAUGUGUACCGGACUCACCUACCACCACACCUGGACCCCGGCCUCGCUUUUCACCACAGAGUCCUGGACCCAGCAGCGUACAUGUUCCCACGGCAACCAUCGCCGACUGGUUACCCCAACACUUACCAGCUGUACACCAUGGAGAACACUCGGCAAACCAUUCUGAACGAUUACAUCACCUCGCAGCAGAUGCAGGUCAUACCGCGCCCUGAUGUCACAAGGGGACUGUCACCACGUGAACCGUCAAUUGCCAUCCCAUACCCACCAGCUAGGGGAAUAAUUGAUCUAGCCCAGAUGCCACCUACCAUCCUGUUACCUCACCCCGGGGGGACAGGUUCCCCCUCCCUGGAAUGCAUCACCUACAUCCCUGGACCUCAGACCCCUUUCCCUGCUAGGGCAUUCAACCCUGCCUCCAUAUCUCCAGGUGAGGAUCCCACCCCUCCUCUCCUAUCCAACACGCAAAUGCCCUUACAAGCAGCUGCAUCUCAAGCCAACCGAUACAGCAAUGCAGCUGAUGCCCUCGCCGCCCUUGUGGAUGCUGCCGCCUCUGCCCCGCAGAUGGAUGUUGUGAAAGUCAAGGAGGGCAAGCAUAAUAACAGUAGCUCCCGGGAUGAUGAAGUGAUGUCAUCACGACGGGCAGCACUGGAGUCGCAAGAGCUGGAGUGCCGUUCCGUGCAAUCUCCAUAUGGGGACGUAUCACUUCCUAGUGGAAAACCUUCCCAUCCUGUGUAUGCAGAGGGAGGAGGAGCUGCAGGGAGCAAAGAGAAAGCCCCACCCACCAAGUCACGCAUGGAGGAGGAGCUGCGCACGCAUGGGAAGACCACCAUAACUGCUGCAAACUUUAUUGAUGUCAUCAUCACGCGCCAGAUUGCCCCAGAUAAGGACUCCCGUGAGAGAUGCUCACAAAGCUCUGACUCCUCCAGCAGCAUGUCAUCCAGUCGUUAUGAUGCUCAGGGUGGAAUUGAGGUGAUCAGCCCUGCUAACUCUCCAGCCCUGAGAGAAGAGAAGAACGAAGGAUCUUUCCCACCAGAAAGGAGCUCUCAGCCACACCCAGGAUUAAGGUUUGACAUUAACCGGUUCAGGCAGUCAGGAGAUUCAGGACCUUCUGCCCCUCAGCAGCCCCCCUCCUCACAAGCAGACAGUUAUGGGCCUGUCCCGAAAACACACCGCAUCAUGACCCUCGCUGACCACAUUUCGCAUAUCAUUACACAGGACUUUGCCAAGAGCCAAGAUCCUCCCCCAUCAUCCAGCUCACUGCCUUCCUUUUCAUCCUCCUCCUCACUCUCCUCCACAUUCCAGAGCUCUGGUGUGGGAGGUGUUGCAGGUCGAGUUAAAGCCCCUAACCGCUAUAGCCCAGAAAACCCAGCUCCUACUGCACACCACCAGAGACCACCAAACAGAGUAUCUCCCGAGAACUCUUCCGAUAAACCAAGAGCGAGGCCAGGUAGGUCUCCUGAUCGAGGACGAGGACCGGAGAACUAUGAGCCCAUCUCUCCUCCUCAGGGUUAUUCUGGGUUGGAUAAACAGGAGGCCAGUGUGCUGCAGGGUCAGAGACGAGAGCAGGAUCUCCCUGAACAGAGGACUGACUCGCGCUCCCCAGGCAGCAGCAGUUACCUGCCCUCAUUCUUUACCAAACUGGAGAGCACGUCUCCUAUGGUUAUGUCCAAAAAGCAGGAGAUCUUCCGCAAAGCAGAAGUCGGUAACGCUCAGCCAGGCACAGAGAUCUUCAAUCUCCCAGCAGUAACAACAUCAAGCAGUGUAAACCCUAGAAACCACUCGCUUAGUGAUCCAGCCAGUAAUCUGGGUCUGGAGGACAUCAUCAGGAAGGCUCUGAUGGGGAACAUGGAGGAGAAGCAGGAGGACCAGCAGCAAGCCCAGCUGGGGACAGGAAACACCUCAGGCAGUAUUUCAGACAGCCGACAGGAGGCCAGCCCAUCCCCUAACACAGCAGGAAAACAGAAGCUGCAGAGUAAAGCUAGCAGCAGAAAAUCAAAGUCUCCUAACCCAGGCCAGGCUUACUCUGCCGGACAGCGGCCCUCUUCUGUGUCCUCCGUUCAUUCAGAGGGCGAUUACCACAGACAGGCACCCACCUGGGCUUGGGAGGACCGGCCGUCAUCCACAGGUUCCAUGCAGUUCCCUUAUAACCCCUUGACGAUGCGCAUGCUCAGUAGUACCCCUCCCACCUCCAUGGCCAGCCCGUCUCCCUCCAUGCAGUCCCAGCAGCAGCCACAGGGCAGCGCUGUGGCCCCGACGCGUGCAUGGGAGAGAGAGCCACCGCUACUGUCAGAGCAGUACGAGACCCUCUCAGACAGCGACGACUGAGGCAGGUGAUCCACCUCCUCCUCCUACACAAGCGUCCACGCCCCACUCCUGUUCACCGUCGCCCUUCUUUUGCUGUCUUUAUGAACCCCACUCACUGCCAUUUGAGAGUGAGAUUAUGCUGGUAAGGAGGACGUACGUUUGGUGCUACUUUGGUGCCCACUGGUGGUCAGAGAGAGCAUUGCAGAGAGCCACUGAUUUCAGGAUUGAAUCCGAUGCUUUGAUUUUUGGCCCGUUUGGGGACGAGAGCUAAACAAAUCCCAAGUGAAUAGAGACAUGAAAGUCAAAAGGAUGAAGAACUUCUAAAGAGACUUGUUUGCUGAAAAUGUUUCUGUAAAGAUUUUUUUUUGUCUUUAAAAAAAGAAAAAAUCAAUAUAUGUAAAUAGAGUAAACUUUUGCAGUGUUUUUCCUUUAACUCGUUUUCUUUUCUGCAUUUUAACAUUGCUUUUUAAAUUGAUCCCAGUUGGAUGGAUUGGUGGGUGGAAUAAGACACUGUGGAGAUUUUUGUGGUCCAUCGGGUGAAGAGCAGUGAGCUUCCUGCUCCUGAAAGUAAUGGUCUAAUAGAAACUACUUCAAAUGAAACGCAAAAAGGACUUCAUUACCUUAGUCUCUCCAGAUGCGGACCCUGUCUGUGCAGCACUGUUGAGAUGUUCUCUGCCCUGUUACUUUAGGGAGGAAGUCACAAUCGUUCAUCAACUGUUUUAGGAGGGCAGGACCUCAGCCCUUUUCUGGUGUAGGAGUUUGUCUGAUUCACAGUAAAACGUCAGACAUCAAUGUUUCUUAAGUUUUUUCUUUUCAGCUUGGUUCUAGUCUUCAGUAGUGGCCUGUUGCAGAUCUGUUCAGAGCGUUUGGCCCUACGGUUGAAUGGCUGACAGUUUGACAAGAGUUGUCAUCUUUAUUUUGUGGUUCUAACUGUUCUUACAGGGCUUUUCUUAAAGGUUGUGCAAGGUCCGCCACCCUUCCCCAGUAACCCUUUUGCUUUUUGAAGUUAAAUUUGUUUCUGGGGGUGAAUGUGCUUGUAAAUCCUCUUUUACUAAUCAUAAAGGAGCACAUAUAACGUGUAUAUUCUGUCAACCGCAAAACAAAAAUACAAAGAUAAAAAUAGGAAGUACCAAACUUGAUGCAUCUCUGCACCAUUGUUGCACUUUUUUUCCUUAGUAAUUUUGAGAAACUUAAGAUCAUACUACCUGCAAUCUAAGUUAUUUAAUGUCAUGCAGAGGCCUGGAAUGCUUUCAGAUAUAUUCAUGUUUCAGUCUCUUACUACAUCUGCAUUUUCAAUUCUUGGAAAUCGGACCUAGUUUUUUUUUAUUAAGCUUAUAAAUCGGUACCAUUUAUCUCAGCAGCUCGCGCUCAGAGAUCUGAAUAUCUCUGUCUGAAAGUGAAUAAGCUCAGUUUUAGUUACUUGCAGAAAUAGUUCAAUGUGACGAAAGCUAAUGGAGGUCCCUGAUAUCUGAAGGCAUCUCUUGAUCCUGCCUUUUCCCACUUCAUGUGCUUCUGCUUUGUUCGAAUAACACCACCAGUCUGAUCUUUACUUAAAUAUGAUGGAUUCAUUUUCUUCAGAUUCCUAAAAAUGUUGAGCUCAUAUUUGGAUAUUUUCUGUAAUUUUCAGCAUCAAUGUUAUAUUCAUCCUGUUUUAACGGGAUGUCAAGUGUUUACAAUGGCAUUGACAAAAAUGGUGAAACUUGAAUCUUAAAGAAAAUUAAAAUAGCUCAUCACGUCAGUAUAUUUCACAGUUCAGCUUUGCAAGGGUGACUUUUUUUUCUGGUCCGUUCUGAAUCAAGACUUGGAAAAAAAAGUUACUUGUCCCCUGAUUUGGAAAUCCAGUGUUUGUAUCACUCUGUCUCCUCAGUAGUGGAUGAGAAAUGUGCAGACCAAUCAAUAAAGUAGAACAGAGCUCCACCUCUCUGAAACAAACAGCGCUGUAUCUCCUGUCUCUACUGUGUUUCUUUCCAAUCAGCUGCCAGAAAAAUCCAAGAUAUUUUGAAAAAGAAGAUUCCACCUACUGGUUUGGAAUGACAUGAGGGUGAAUAAAAGAUUACAGAAUUUUCAAUUUUGGGUGAACCUUUCGUUUAAGUUCCCCAACAGCACUACAGCAACUGAAUGCAACUAAAACAUGUUAAAUUUAAUAUAGAAUUUGACACAUUAUGUACUGCCUGUGCACCCAGCGUCUUUAAAG